AUGGCCAUCGGAGGACAUCGCAUUGAAGGAGUACGAGACUCGCGAAAGAAGCUGGCUGGACUAGGGACUGCAUCUCCUCAGGAGAAGCGCAGCGUUCUGAAGCACCACCACGAGCGCAUGCUCGCGCUUGCGAAGUCAGCUGAGGCGGGGCUUAACGCUCCGAAAGUGGGGCAAGUUUAUUCGCGACCCAGCACAGCACAGCGGCAGGCGCCUGCCCCGAAAAGCCCGGUUCAGGAGUUGCAUGACGCCUUCAAACAUUCUCUCGCUGAGUUCGAGCGCUCCAUUGAAAGGGCUGGGCUUGAGGAGCUGCACCGAGAGGUGGUGCUGGAGACGGUGAAAGCGAACGCCACAAGAAUUGGGUCGGGGGUUCACGGCCUGCCCCUUGCGGCGGCCCCAUGUGCGAACGCGCACCCGAGCUGCGGCCGCGUCUGCGAGGCUCGCGGCGCGCAUGCGUGCGCCGCAUGCCAUUUGGUGAGCUACUGCCGCAAGGAGUGCCAGAAGGAGCACUGGCCGGUUCACAAGCGGGACUGCAAGCACUCCGACGUGGGGCCCGGUUGGCAGCCCCGGUGGAAGCGGGAGGGGAGGCGCCCCAACUGGCUCACCGAGGGGAUCCCCCAGUUGGGCCCCCUGAGCGAGCACCUCUGGGGCAACACCCCGGCGUUCUCUCUCCUGGGGCCGCCUGGUUCCGAAGCCGCCCGGGGGCUCCUGCAGGAGAGUGAUGACGUCAUCCGGCUCUGCUUUGCUGCGUCGGGUGAUCUGAGGAACGUCGUCAGCACAAUCGCGGGACUCCCGGUUGGGUACCGGGGCAGAGUGCGGGUUAUUGCGAACGACCAUAACCCGAAAACGGCGGCCCGGAACCUGGUGCUGCUUCAGAUCCUUGGGCAGCUGGGAGAGGACGGAAUAGACAUGGCGAUCGCGGUGUGGCACUCGCUGGCGGUCACGGAGGCGCAGGAUCUGGCGCUGUCGCUGCUCGUUGACAAUCUCAACCUGGAGGAAGUCUUGGAAGACGACUCCAAAGCGUCGUGGGCUGUUAAAAAAAGCCGGUCCAGAAUCAACGCGCGCUUUGCCAGGCCGGUCUGGGCGCGCCUAGUCCAAAUGAUGACGUCGCCGCUGACGCUGCAGAGCGCGGCCGACCAGCGGGCGGCGAAGCUGGGGGAUCCCUCGCGGGCAGACUUCGUCGACCGCAUGCUCCAGAGCUUCCGGCCGUUCCACCGGGCGUCCAUCGCGCGGUUCAGAGACUUCGGCUUGCUGCUGCCCUUCGGAGCCUUCAACGCGCACCAUAACACGCCCAGCAAGUUUCUGCUCGACCCGGAAGCAGGAUACACGCUCGAUCAUCUGGCGGAUCCGCUCUGGGGUUGGCGGAUAGAUGAGGUUUUGGAGGCCGGAAAAAGGCACAAUGUACCCAAAAACGACCUGCACGGGAGCCUCUUUUUCUUACUCCGAGAACGGUUGGCGUCCGUGGUGGAGAAAAUGCGAACGGCUGAGAUUGUCUUCGAGCUGUUCUGCGAGGACGCUUCCGACUUGGCGAACCGGUUGAGAGUGACCGGGGUGUUCGACGCGGGGGAAAAAACUGUGCCGGCCGUGCCGGGAGGUGUUACGAACAAGAGCGGCUCCGGAUCGACGAAACAGAGAAAGAGGAGAGGAAAGUCGGAGGGAACGGAGCCGCCCGCGCCCCGACAUGCAACGGAAGUCGGCCUCUUUCAACGCGUGGAAGUGUCCAACAUCUGUGACGAGAACUACGUGGGCGUGACGCGGGUGCUCAGGGACUGGGGCCGGUUGCUCGCGCCGGGGGGCGUGCUGGUCGGGCUGUUCAUGAACUGGACAACGGAUGUGAGCUCCGGUACGGCGCGACUUUUCGCGGGUAUGAAGCCGGACGAGUAUCUGACGGCGACGCGAAGGGUCGGGGAAGCCGCCAAGAAGUGCCCCGGGGUUCUCGAGCUGGUGCAAUCGCAGAUGAUGCAGUUUGACGGAACCGCCCUCCCCAACUUCGGGCACGAUUACAGCAAGGACUUUGAGGCGUACUUGAGGCAGCGCGGGGCGGUCAAAGAAGCGGCGAAGCAGGGUCUCGUCAGGAGCGGAGUGCAUCAGAUCGUGGCGCCGCGCUUGGGGGUCCCUGUCGGGGCUCCGAAAAAAAGCGUGCCCAUCGAGUUCUUGAAAACGGUGGACGACUGGUACUGGUCUGUCUUUGCAAAUGACGGGACUGGUACGGAGGUGUACACAGAGUGGGUCAAGCAGAGAUAG